AUGAGUGGUAAUGAUAUAUGGCUAGGGAGGGCGCAAGGUUUACUUACCCUUGUAUACAUUUUCAGAAAGCACAUAGUCAUUGGGAGUUUUGACAGAGCAAGCAGCCGUUGGGGGGUUUCCCACACUUUGGAAAACUUUGUUUUAAGUCCAGAUGGCGAUAUUAUCGGCUUUCCAGUUUGGAUCGACAGCAAAAAAGUGUCUUUUAUGGUACAACGUCCCCCAACACAGUACCAUGAUCUAUACGAGUAUGAUACCAACAUCAAUGGGUACAAAAAUGUUGCAGUCCUGGACAAAGUUGAUUAUCCCAUGUAUUGCUUCUAUCCAACAUUAGCUUGUGUCUAUAAGACGCCCUCUAAUAAUGUAACCAUUGCUCAACAGAUGUCUAUUGCAGAAAGGUUGGAUGACAUCAGAAGAUUUAUUCUCGAAGAUACAUCAGAAGAAGAAGUUGGAAGAGGAGGAGGAGGCAGAGAAAAAGAAGAAGAAACAUUGACUGGAUUUACGUUAGUUGCAUUCUUUUUAUGGUCAAAAGCCACAGAGUGA